CGACGGGGCCUUGGACGACCGCGACGCGACGGGCCCAAAGUGCUUCGUUCGCUAGCUUUGACCACCCAAACCCAACCCCAAAUGGCUGCCUCCGUCGCUUCGCUCCCGUAAGCCCCGUCCCGUCCCGUGCCACGCCCUCCGACGCCGCGUGCCACCCCACUCCGGCUUGGCUCCAUGCCCCCCCUCCAUCGCUAUCACUUCUCCUCCCCUCGCCUCUAUAUAUAGCAGCGCGCUGCGGGGAACGGGGUACGCCUCCUCCACUCCCAUCUAGCCAAUAAUCUCCUCCAGACCGACUCACUCGCCGCGGUGCGCUUGCCCGUCCGGCCGGCCGGCCGGCCCGCGUACGUACAGACACCGCUCCGUACGGAGGACCGGAGCGGGGGACGGAUCGCUCGCCCGCCCGCCGGGAGAAGCAUCUGGGAGCGAGGGAAUUGCGGAGGCGAGAUAGAGAUGGGGAUGAGGCCCGGGUGGGUGGGCGGGCUGGUGGAGGAGAGCUUCUUCGUGGGGUGCGCGGCGCACGAGGACCGGAAGAAGAACGAGAAGAACAUCUUCUGCCUGGGCUGCUGCGCCAGCAUCUGCCCGCACUGCGCCCCCGCGCACCGCCACCACCUCCUCCUCCAGGUGCGGAGGUACGUGUACAAUGACGUGGUGCGCCUUGACGACCUCGAGAGGCUCAUCGACUGCUCCUUCGUCCAGCCCUACACGAUCAACAGUGCCAAGGUGAUCUUCCUCAAGCCGCGGCCGCAGUCCAGGCCCUUCAAGGGCUCUGGCAACGUCUGCUUGGCCUGUGACAGGAUCCUCCAGGAGCCCUUCCACUUCUGCUGCCUCUCCUGCAAGGUGGACCAUGUGAUGAUGCAGGGCGGGGACCUGUCCAACAUCCUCCUGUACGUGCCGGGCGGGCCGCCGGACCUGGGCUGCGGCUUCCCGCGCUUCGAGAACCUCCGCUUCGACGACGACCCCGGGCAGUACGGGCAGGCCACGCCCAGCUCCAUCCUCGAAGACCCCGUCGAGCACGGGGGCAGCGCCAGCGCCAGCGGAGGAUCCAGCAACGGCGGCUCGGCCAGGAACCACGCGCGGCGCGACGUCGACGUCCCGACGAGGAAGAAGAAGAGCGGCGGGGGCGGAGGAGGGUUCUUCCCUCAGAUCGUCCUCUCGCUCGGCAACAGGCGGAAGGGCGCGCCCCAUAGGGCGCCGCUCGCGUAACGGACCUGCAUGCACAGAUGUCGGACGGACUCCACCGCCGUCACGUCGCCUUGCCGCUAUAUAUAUAUAUAUGUGUGUGUGUCCUGCCUGUUAAUUAUGUCGUUUAUUACUACCACCCUUAGUUAGCAGUGUUGUUAGCAACAUUGCUUAAGUGUAAUCCUAUGUAGAGAGUGAGAGUGAGAGAGAGACAGAGAGGUUGGCGGUGCUGGUUAGUGGUUGGUUGGUUGGUUGCCCUGAGAGGGAUGGAUGGCCUUUUUCCAGCUAGGGCCAUGCAUCUCCCCUGCAGUGUUUUGACGAGACUUGAGAGGGAGGAAGCUGGCUGGGGGAAGCAAAGGAACGCAAAGCUAGCUGCUGCCGGUAGCAACCAGCCCCUGUUGCAAGACCAGGUAGACACAGGCUCUCCUCGAUCGUGGGUACCCCCGAGAGGGUAUAUUAGCCGGUGGCUACCAAUUUUGUACUUGAUGCAACUAGGGGGCCGUCAAGGUUGCUCGAUGGCAUGCGUGCUUACAGUGUUGUUAAGUCCAUGACCAAUAUAUAUAAUAGACGAUGUUGUGCAUUUGAUUA